GUGACCGUUUGACUUGACAAACAGCAAAGCUAAGCUUUAUGAUUUAAAAAACGCUAUAAUUGUGUGUUUAAAAAUAAAAAAGAUGUCAAAAAUUCCAAAAUUGCCUAUAUCUACAAAAGAAAACAGACCCACCAUUUUGAAUGGCAGACCCACAUCCAGAAUUUUAGCGAAGACUCUAAGUGAUGCAGAUAAAAAACUUUUAAUUUUAAAUCAUACUAAACCUAUUGGGAGAAAUGGGGUGCCUACAACACUGCCAGCUCCCAGAGUGAAGAGAGCUGCUUCAGUGCCAGUUGUAGCUGCUGGACCUUCUGCUAAAAGUAAUAAUAAGACAAAUCUAAACCCAAAGAUUCCACCAUACGAUUACAAAGCCAGAUUUCAAGAUUUACUAGAAAAACAUAAAGUUCUUAAGGCAGAAUAUAGUGAUUUGAAAGAAAAGCAUGUAGAGACAAAUGAAGACUAUGAAAAAGUAAAAGAAGCUUUGCAAAGUACAAAUACAGAAAAAGACAUAAUAAGAGAAAAAUUGCUCAACACUAUUAAAGAUUUGAAAGAAAGAACCUCAGAACUACAAACUCUAAAAAUUGAUUAUGAUAUUACAAAACAUGCAUAUGAAGAACUUCAAAAUAAAAUUAAAAUUUUAAAUGAAGUUGCAAAUAGUCUAAAGCAAAAAUCAUUGGAAUAUGACCACUUGGACAAGGAAUAUAAUGAUUUAUCUCAACGUCAUAAAAGUUUGCAGGAAGAGACGGAUGCAUUACAGAAUAUACUAGCACUUAUGUAUAAGGACCAAAGAAUCUUGAGAAAUACUGUUCAAGAUCUGAAAGGAAAUAUUCGAGUUUACUGCAGGGUACGGCCGCCUCUAGAAUCAGAGAAAUCGAAACCUCUGUUUAGCCUGAAUGUAUUAGAUGCUUGUUCUAUAGAAGUUGAGAAGACAGAGUUGUUAAGUUCAGCUAAAAAAGGCAAAUCGCAACACUCUUUUACAUUUGAUGGCAUUUUUACACCUCAUGCUACUCAAGAAGAUGUUUUUACGCAGGUGUCAUCAAUGAUACAAUCCGCUCUGGAUGGUUACAAUGUAUGUAUAUUUGCCUAUGGCCAAACUGGUUCAGGUAAAACAUACACAAUGGAAGGAAGUUGCGGUAAGGAAAAUUAUGGAAUCAUACCUCGAUCAAUUGAUAUGAUAUUCAGCUGUAUGGAAGAUUUGAAGAGAAUGGGCUGGGAAUUAACUGUCAAAGCAAACUUUUUAGAAAUAUACAAUGAAGUCAUCUAUGACUUGCUGGAUUCCAAUAAAGAACAGGAUAAUCAUGACAUCAAAAUGGUUAAUUCUAAGGGCACUGAUGUCUAUGUGUCCAAUUUAAAAGAAGAAGAAGUUGCAAGUGCUCACGAUUUCAUCAGGCUAUUGAUGUUUGCCCAACGUAACAGACAAACAGCUGCAACAUUAAACAACGAACGAAGCUCCAGGUCCCACUCUGUUGCACAAAUUAAGAUAGCAGCUAUCAAUGAAACACGCAAAGAGAAAUUUACAAGUAAUUUAAAUUUGGUUGAUCUGGCUGGAUCAGAGAGUGGUAAAACAACUCAGAGAAUGGAUGAAACCAAACAUAUAAACAGAUCAUUAUCUGAACUCUCCAAAGUCAUCCUUUCAUUACAAACACAUCAAUCUCACAUUCCAUACAGAAACUCUAAAUUAACCCACCUCCUGAUGCCUAGUCUCGGCGGCAAUUCUAAAACACUUAUGUUGGUCAACAUCAACCAAUUUGAUGAAUGUUUCGGUGAGACUUUGAACUCCUUGCGGUUUGCUACCAAAGUAAACAGCUGCCGCACAACUAAAGCGAAGAAGAAUCUGACAAUGGUUGACAAUUUUUAAUGUUACAUUCUGACGGAUAUUUUUGAUUUCAUGUUAAUACUAAUGACAUUACAUUGAAGCUUAAAUGAUGUUGCUUAUUAUAAUUAUAAACAACUUAUAAUGUGACCUGCAUUAACUUAG